CUCUGCCCCUCUCCUCCUCACCUACACCGUGUUCUCCGUCAUCGCCCGCCUACUUGGAAGCGCGCUGCGGGCUGAAGACUACGGGGACACGGAACCUUGGGAGCGCCGUCACUGAGGUUCACCCUGUACAGGUCGUUUUUCUCAUCGUGACGGCUGCUCGGUUGCUCGCUGCUCUCCAGAUUAGUUUCCAAUUAAGGUCAUGAUUCGACACGAGAUGAUUUAAGUUCCAAUCUUCAACGAAGGCCACAUCUCCGCUAAUCAAGUCUACUUGGUCAAGAAUUUUCAGCGGCAGUGGGUGACCAUUUGUACGGGAGCACAACGACUCAGCGAUACUUGUUCCUUUUGGAUUAUCCUGCCCAGCGGACCCUGCCAAGUUGUCUGCGGUGUUUCUCAUUGUUGGCUGUUGUUUGGUAACGUCAGCAGUUUUAUCAUUGGCGGUCCCUUCGGUGCGCUUCGCUCUAUUCUCAGACUUCUCAUCAAAUCCCCUUUGGUCAGCCCGACCCAGUUUAUGAGCUUGAAGGAGAAGCCGACUCUUGGCGGCACGUGGAUCAAGACCAGCAAACGGAACAUCGCUGUUCCGUUGGAUCCAUCUAGAUUCGUGGAUAAUGUUGUUAAUGUCUGCCUUAAAUACCAGGGGGAUUUGGAUCUCAUAUCUAAAGAGAUAGAAGUUGAUGAUGAGCUCGAUUUUUCGCGCUAUGGCGACACCCUGUUCGAGUUGUUUUUCACAGGUGGCCGUACGGCAGCUGGAAGUACUGUCGUGGUGGAAGACUCAUCUCGGCAGCCAUACGCUGUGUUGAACUGCGAGCCAACAAAGGAGAGUAUCCUACCUUAUAUUCUGUUCAUUCAGAAGAUGAUCCGGCGGAGGCCAUUCUUGAUCAAAAAUCUUGAAAAUGUUUUGCGGCGGUUAUUGCAGUCACUUGAGCAUUAUGGCGCGGAAGACCGCAAGAAGCUCGCAAUUUUCACUGCCCUCACAUUUUCGCAGAAGCUGUCAGUGCUUCCUCCGGAGAACAUCUUCACAUGUUUGUACAAUGAUGCCAUGCUUUCAAAGGGAUCGGUCUCGGCUUCGUGACAAAUGUGUUUAAGGUGUUCCUCGAGGAAAGCACCUUGGAUGAGCUUGUUGCGCUUCUGAAGAGGGCGAAGGUGGAGGACCGCAUGCUGGAGUUCUUCCUAAUGCAGAAGUGGACCCCAGAGUAUUUUGCGGAGCAUUUCAUGAAAGAGGGCCUGUCUGAAAUUGUUGAAUACAACCGCAAGAAGGUCUUCGAUGUCAUGCUUAAGGAGCUGCACACUUCGCUCUCUGAAAUUAUGAGUGAAGGAGGGCCUGUAAACCUUGGAGAAACUAUUGAGCUAGUAAAGCAGCGGCGCAAGGAAGGAGAGCUGCCUGAUGUGGACAUUGUGAAGACCAUCUGGGAGGCCAUGAUGGAUGCGGUGCAAUGGAGUGGCAAGAACCAGCAGCAGAAUAUCAACAAUGCACUCUGGCAGGUCAAACGGUGGGAUAAAUUGCUUUGAGCGUUCUGCACUACACCCAGACUUGAGGUUGAGCUGAUGUAUAAGAUUCAGAUCCACUGCUAUGAGGACGCGAAGUUGAUGAAGCUCUUCCAUGAGAUUGUCCGGGCGCUUUACGAUCUUGAUGUGCUGUCCGAGGAUGUUAUUCUAAAGUGGUUCUGUAAAGGCAACCUCAUGAAGGGCAGGCAAAUGUUUGUGAAGUCCCUCGAGCCGUUCGUGAAGUGGUUGGAAGAAGCUGAGGAGGAGUCUGAUGAUGAGAACUAACAUUUCAGCAAACAUCCU